AUGAAUACUAUCAUCACUGCCCUAACGUCGAUGAGCCCCACUCGCUUCGGCUAUGCCCUUGCUAAUGGCACGGUGGGCAUUUAUAACCAGACAGCACGCUACUGGAGAAUUAAAUCUAAAAAUCAGGCGAUGUGCAUUGAUGCUUUUGAUAUUAAUUCCGACGGCGUCUGUGAAUUGAUAACUGGCUGGUCCAAUGGGAAGAUUGACGUGCGCAACGAUCGAACUGGAGAAGUCAUUUUCAAGGACAACUUUGCUUCUUCCAUCGCGGGAAUUGUGCAGGGAGACUACAGGAUGGAUGGAAGUACACAAUUAAUCUGCUGCUCGGUUGAAGGUGAAGUGCGAGGGUACCUGCCAGGGACUCAAGAGAUGAAAGGAAGGCUGAUGGACACGAGUGUAGAGCAAGAUCUGAUUCGAGGGCUUAGUCAGAAGAAGCAGAACUUGCUCCUUGAGUUACGAAACUAUGAAGAAAAUUCAAAGCAGGUAGAACUGAACACUCAGGUAAAUGAGAUGGAUGGACAAAGGGGUGUGAUCCCGGCAAACACACAGCUCCAGACUGUGUGUUCCGUCAAUCUGGGAUCGGAAACCGAAUCUGCUCAUGUAGAACUCUGCAUAUCCACAUCCAAUGGGUGUCAUGUGGAUAAAACAAAAUUUCCUGCUACCUGAGGAUGUGGAGAUGCAGAACGAGUCGCUGGAGGUCUGCUUCACCUCCCUGCGUGACACGGGACAGCUGGGCAUCCGAAUGAGUUCCAGUGGAGAGAUCACCAUUAACACGGAUAACAUUGAUCUGGCUGGUGACAUCAUCCAAUCAAUGGCCUCCUUUUGGGCCAUUGAGGACUUACAGGUUGAAGCAGACUUCCCUGUGUAUUUUGAUGAGGUGCACAAAGCUUUUGUUGGGGUAGACAGUUCUCAUACAGUUUGUCAGAAGCUCACAGCCAACAUGGCUGACAGGUCCAACUCCAUCCGCAGCAUGCUGGUUCGAGCAGAAGAUUCCCGCCUGAUGGGAGACUGGAAAAACAUGAAGAAACGGUAUAAUGAACUGUAUGACCUCAACAAGGAUUUAUUGUCUCAGUACAAGAUUCGCUGCACCAAUCACUCAGAGUUUCUAAAUAAUCUCAAAGCCAUAAAUCAGGCCAUCCAACGAGCAGGAAAUCUCCGAGUUGGCAAACACAAAAUGCAAGUGAUUGCCGCCUGCCGGGAGGCUAUUAAGAACAACAGCGUUAAUAUGCUCAUCAAAAUCAUGCGCCUGGGGACAUCGUGCUCUUGAUCCGGGUUGAAGACUGGAGGCCAAAACUAGCCAAGGAAGACGAGCCGAAAGAUCUGGCGGCAGAUAGACGGUAGAUGAUGCUGUCAGAUUAGUGCCCAGUGAAAGUGCAGGAUGAAGACUUUCCUAGGCCUGAAGGUCCGGCUGUCUGCGCUGGGGGAAGAGGAGGCCAGGAAUGUUGGUGCUUUAUAAACAUCAUGCUAGCGGAGACAUGGCCAAGCUUUUUGUGGAUGUUACAGACCAAACCAGAGAAUUUCAGAAGCCAAAAGAAACCCCCAAACCCACCCCAAACGCCCUGGAGGCUGUUGAUUAAAAUAGCAACGUUUGAUUCUUCAAUAAAAUUGACAGACCUCA